CACAUUGACAGAACACAAUUAACAAAUAUAUACACGGCGGAGAUACACGGUAUUUAGCCGUUCCUAAUAGCUCGUAAUACGUUCUAUUUAUAGUACUAAUAAGUUGAUAAAACAAUAACUAAUUGCGAAUGUUAAUUCCCUACACGAAAAUGAAAGUUCUCAUUGAAUUUCGGGGACCAAAAGGAUAUUACCAUGUUUUCCUAUAUUUUUGUGAACUAGCUCUUUUUGUCAAUUGAAAAUUGGUGAAUGGUGACGAAUGUGAACAAAGUGUCGGGCAUUGACAAAUUAUGUUGAGUGUCUUAUCCAAUUUUUGUUAAUGGAUUAGUUAAAAUUAUAGUCAAUGGAUGUCAACAGUUUCAGAGUUCAGUUGGUUUACGUUUACAUUCCCGUAUAAAAUUGUUUUAUACAUGGAAAAAUCGCAACUUGGGUUUAUUGUAAAGGGAUGGCUCGACGUAGAAAGCAACGUUUCAAACUAACGUAGUUCAGAGAAGACCUGCAGUCAGCAUGGAUCACAGCGUAAAAGCGAUGACUUCACCGCGAGUUUUUUCUCGUAUGGUCAACCCCCACAGAUUUGAGAAUGAUGAAUUGGAACUGUUGUAUCAACGUUACAUCUGCAAACUUCAAUAUUCUAGUGUGACCGCGGUUGUUGGUCUUUUCGUAGUCCUCACAGCAAUCUUAGCCAAUCUUGGUUUCGUCUACCAUCAAAUAGCAACGGCGCAAACUGUCUACCAUGCGGCGCAUUGUAUAUUAUUCACGUUGUUGCUAGGGUUUUUGCACACGAGAUUCAUGCAAGAUAAUUACCUCCUAUGGGUAUGUUACGUAGUACUGUUUUUUUUGGCCACUUUUUGUGCAUUAGCGCUGCCUAUCUUUCCGGCCGGAAUGACCGCAAAGGUGGCUGCUGAAGGAACUUGGCAAGUUGUAUUUGUCAUAUUUCUGGCGUAUGCAAUGAUGCCGCUGAAGAGUUGGAUAACUGCUCUCUUCGGAUUGCUUCUAUGUGGAGCGCAUUUUGCAGCAGUGGCCAUCUAUACUCAGGAUUUCCAGCAGCUGAUAUGGCAGCAGAUGACAGCUAAUCUCAUAGUAUUUCUCUGCAUAAAUAUUGUUGGCGCCUUCAUACACAACUUAAUGGAACAUGCUCAAAGAAAGGCUUUUCUAGAUACUCGGAAUUGUAUAGCAGCCAGGUUGGAGAUGGAGGAUGAAAACGAAAAAUUGGAGCGACUGCUUCUGUCUGUUCUGCCGCAGCACGUCGCCAUGGAAAUGAAAAAUGAUAUCAUCUCACCGGUCGAAGGGCAAUUCCAUAAAAUCUACAUCCAGAAGCAUGAAAAUGUCAGCAUUCUUUUUGCCGAUAUAGUUGGAUUCACUGUGUUGGCCUCGCAAUGUAGUGCGCAGGAAUUGGUCAGGUUACUUAAUGAGCUUUUUGGCAGAUUCGACCAACUGGCAAACGAUAAUCACUGUCUCAGAAUAAAGAUUCUGGGUGACUGCUAUUACUGUGUAUCAGGUCUUCCAGAGCCAAGAUCAGAUCAUGCACACUGCACUGUGGAGAUGGGCUUGGAUAUGAUUGAUGCUAUAGCAAGUGUUGUGGAGGCGACAGACGUUCAAUUAAACAUGAGGGUAGGAAUCCAUUCUGGCAGGGUGUUGUGUGGUGUACUAGGAUUAAGAAAAUGGCAAUACGAUGUUUGGUCGAACGAUGUGACUCUUGCGAAUAAUAUGGAAGCUGGUGGAGAACCUGGGAGAGUUCAUAUAACUCAAGGUACUCUGGAUUACUUAAAUGGUGAAUAUGAAGUAGAACCAGGUAAUGGUGCCUCUAGGAAUCAGUACCUCAGGGACCAUUGUGUUACAACCUAUUUUAUUGUGCCUCCAGCGAGACGAAGAAAGAUUCCCUGGCUAACCCCUGUGACUAACCAAAAAAACCCUCCCCCACCCUCCCCGGUGGAUCUAUUCCAGCCACUCUUGUUCAACACACUGCAGGUGCGCUCUGCUCUUGGUGCGGCUCAGAGACGUAAACUCAGCUUCAAGAAUGUCUCCAAUGUCGUCGUGCAACUGCUUCAUUCCAUCAAAUACUCCAUGGAGGUGCCAUUCUCUAACAUGGCUGUGCAACCAGAUCCAAAGGGUACCAGCUCACGAAAGACUAAGGUUACCGAAAGAAGUAAGAGACCCUUCACAAAGAGACAUUCCACGGUGUACCAUCAAACAUCGAAUAGAGUGAAUAAAUAUUUAGCACAAGCAAUUGAGGCAAGAAGUGUAGAUAGGGAAAAAACCAUCCAUGUUAAUUUAUUCACAUUGUGCUUUAAAGAUAGGAAUAAAGAGAAUCAGUACCGACAUGAUAUUGAUGUAGGCUACAGUUCAUCUUUAGCUUGUGCGUUGGUUCUUUUGAUACUACUAGGAAUUCUUCAAGCAACAAUUCUACCGAGAACUGUAAUCCUUUUACUCUUGUUCCUGACAACAUUCAUUUGGAUAUCGGUGAUUCUUAUGCUACUGUUGGCAGUCCGACUCAGGUGGAUCAUAUGGGAUAUUUCUCAUAGUUUUGUUCUCAGAUUAGCAAUAACUGUUUUCACCAUCGUUUUGAUAUACACUGCCGGACAAGUUAACGUUUUCACUUGCCGCUAUGAAGAACUAGCGAAAUGCACCAAAAAUAUAACCUCCACAAAAGAAGGAUUCGAAAGUGAUCAUAGGGCAUGUCCGUUACCACAAUAUAUUGUUUUAUCAUGUGCCUUUGGUUAUUUGGCCGUAGCAGUGUUUCUGAGACUACCUAUACUUCUGAAGGCAUCUCUUUUAAUUAUAAUGACAGCUGGAUACAUUUUUUUGAUAGAAUACUCGCAUUUGGAACUUUUUAUGUGCUUUGACAAGAGAAUCAGUUAUCUAGGUCCAGUAGUACCCCUUCAUGUGAUAAGUGUGGUGCAAGUUAUCAUGUUCGUUCUAGCUGUUCUACUUCAUGGUAGGCAAGUAGAAUGGACUGCUCGGUUGGAUUUUUUGUGGCAGGUUCAGGCUAAUGAAGAAAAACGAGAAAUGGACGCACUACAACAUUCCAAUAAAAGAAUUCUUUUCAAUUUGUUACCUGCGCAUGUUGCCGCUCAUUUUUUGGACAAUCAAUUCAGAAGCAAUAUGAAUACUUUAUCACAGGAACUUUACCACCAAAGCUAUUCGAGAGUCGGGGUCGUUUUUGCUUCCAUUACCAACUAUCAUGAAUUCUAUACUGAAUUAGAUGGAAAUAAUCAGGGCGUUGAAUGUUUGCGACUUCUCAAUGAAAUUAUCGCUGAUUUCGAUGAUUUGUUGAAUGAAGAUAGAUUCAAAGCUAUAGAUAAGAUAAAAACCGUUGGCUCCACAUAUAUGGCUGCUGUUGGAUUGAUGCCCGACCAAAGAAUACUAGAUGACGAUGAAACUACUGCAGGAGUUCACUUAAGCACUUUGGUGGAAUUUGUAUUUGCUAUGCGCGAUAGAUUACUCAAUAUAAAUGAAAAUUCAUACAACAAUUUCAUGUUGAGAGUGGGAAUAAAUGUUGGUCCUGUUGUUGCUGGUGUAAUUGGAGCACGCAAACCUCAAUACGAUAUUUGGGGUAAUACAGUUAAUGUUGCCAGUAGGAUGGAUUCAACAGGAUUACCGAAUCAUACCCAGGUUACCGAAGAAGUGUACCAAGUUUUGAAAUCAUACCCUUAUGAAUUUCAGUGUCGUGGAAAAGUCAAAGUAAAAGGUAAAGGAGAUAUGACUACAUAUUUUCUAAUCGAUAGAAAGCAACCUGGAACAUUGAGAGUAGAAGAAUUGAAUAAUAUGAGGACUACUAAUGCCACAACAAGUAUAAAUGCAAUAUAUGGGGGCGUAGCGACUCCUUUAGCACUGCUCCAACCUACAGAGCAGAGCACUAGUCGACCACCAAACGCCAAUAGAUCUAAUUGUAGAGAUGAUAACCAUAAUAAUGGUUUGAGAAGUUCUAUGCGAUUACCGCCGCUUAAGCAAACUGUGCAAAGACAGAGAUUGCAUGGAAAUAAUGGCUGCGAAAACGAGCCUUUGUUACCUUCCCUCUUUUAUAAAUCCAGAAAUAGCAAACUUUUACCUCAGGAAAAUAAUUUACCACCUCCUCCUUUGCCACCACAUAAAAAUAGUUACCACCAAUACUCUAUGCAGAAUCAUCCUCAGGAUGCAAAAUACACCCCACCUUGGCCCAGAGUACCUAAUCCAUAUGCAGUAUUGAACCUUCAGCCAACAAAUGAACAGAAGCCCUACAUGAAGCCAUUACCAAAACCCCCUGGAAAAGAAUCCCCAAAAAAAAAUCAUAAAAGAAAUUUCGACCAUGAAAUUGCACCAAGCCCGCCUCAUAAUAACAUUUUCAAAUCGAAUAUUUCUCAUAAUUAUCAAUUUUCUUCGCUGGAUAAGUCUUCUGAAUUAUUAAAAAAUAAAAUUCAAGCAAAGCCGAAUAUUUUGGGGAAUGGAAAUAGUUCACUGAACUCGAGGAGUAGUCCACAUCACCAACGACGAAAUAGUCCUCUUCAGAGGCAUUAUUCGGAUGAAAGUCUUGGGGGUGUAUACGCAUCUACUCCUUUUCGAAGAAUUCACUCUUCAGCUGAUGAAAUAAGCAGUUUAAAUCAUUCUCCCAGUAUAAGUAGUUCUGAUGAAAGUUAUAGUAGAACCACAGAUGCAGAUGUUUCACCAUGUGUAUCACCACCUUUACCUACUGACACUCAACAGUUCUUAUUUCCAUCAGAUAUACAAGUUAAUCCCUGUUCUUCCCCUGAAAUGUCACCUAAAGCUUCUUUGGACUACAUACCACCAAACUGUUCUUUGAAAAAUAAUUCUAUUGAAAGAAAUGAUACAAAGCUUAAUAUUGUGCCACCAAUUAGUGUGCUAGCUCUUGCAGCGACUUGUGAUACUGUAGAUUCUACAACAAUUUCUGUCAUGAAAGAAGGUGAAAGUUUUAAAGCAGAUAGUUGUGCCAGUUUUGAAUUUCUAUCUAAGUCACUGCUGCAACAAUCACAUGCAGCUUUAUUACGGACCAUAAGUUCUAAUGGUGAUGAUAGCAAAGACGCUAAACAAAAGAAUAUAGAGAGGCGGGUCAGGAAUGAUAGUGACUCAAUUGUGGAAUGUAAUAAACAAUAUUCGAUUCAUAAGAAUUCUCCUAGUUUCAACGAUGCAGAAGAAAUAAGACUUCUCCGAGAGGAUAACCUUAACACAUUCAGUAGCGAGAAGCAGGAUAACUGUUGCCAAACUGAUAGAAAUAAUUCGAAACGAACUGCUUUAUCCCCUAACGACAAACGUAAAAAUUGUGAUGAGAAUGAAGUUAGUCCAUUUGAGCAAGAAAUCCAGAAAAUGUUGGAUGAACAAAAUUUGCUGCAGAAUAUACCACCGAAAAUUGAGCUGGAUCCAAAAAAUAAGGAUAUUGCUUUGGAGCCUUUUGUAAGGUAUGCCACUCCCAAUAAUAACAACCAUCAUGUUGGACUGGCAGCUAUACAGGCUCUAGCGUUCGGCCUUAGGGUGAACUCACAAAAUUCCUGUACUAUGAAUUGCAUUUCGCCUUCGAGAGCAAGCAGCAAAGAGGGGUCUCUUAAGAGAUGCGCAUCACCUGGGCCAUAUGAAUGUGUUAAACAGCCAAAAGUGUCGUCUCUUGAAAGGUAUUUUGCGUCUUUGGAUAUCUUGAAUAAGAACACAGACUCAUCUAAUCUGAAAAACAGCAAACCAAAAGCAAGUCAAGUUCCUCCUGUCUAUGAUAUGCUAGAAAUAUGCAAAAUAGAGGAGGAUAAUGAUGAUGUCGAAAGUUUUGAGAGGGAAGAGAAACGAAUGGAGCAAGAAGUCGCUAGGGAAGCAGAAGUUAGAAGAAUUCUUGAAGAAAAAGUUCAGGAAAAACUCAGGAAUAUUGAAAAUGGAAUAGCAAAUAUAGACAGAGAGACUUAUGCGGGUGGUAGUCAGUCUGAAUGGAGCGAGGAUGAUGAAGCCGGAGCUUCAGAACCUUUACUGAACGAUAGGGAGUCGACAGGUUAUACUACCGAUGAUCCUGCUCUAGAAAAUAUCUCUAUGUUGAAUGAAACGGGUCUGACAGAUGCAGAAGCAGCACUAAGUGAUGUUAAUUCUGCAUAUAACGAUCACAACCAUGAAUGUGAUCUAGAUGACAAUACAUCUAUGUCAUCAAGAGCUUCAUCCCAUAUAUUCGACUCCGAUGCUAUGAUGUCUCUAGACUCUCUCAGUGCUCUCUAUGAUUCUGAAUAUGACAACUGCUACCGAACGGAUGAUGAUCUAAACUUUGCAUCCGACUUGGAUCGACUGAACUGUUUUUCUGUGCCUGCCAAUGAAGUACAUCUGGCAAAUAUAAAAUCUGUGAGUGAAAGUAUCACCAGAAACUUUGGACAACCAAAAAGUGAAACUGAUCCUGAUAGUGAUAUUUGAAGCAUUGCAUAAAGACCAGUGGUCUUUAAAAAAAUGUUUGAAGUAUUAUCGGAAGAGCCGCCUUGUUGUCAGAAUUUUGAAUCUAAUUAAUUUCCAGGUCAAAAGUACUGAUGAAAUUGUUAUUUUUCCAUAUACUGAAUAUUGAAAAUCCAUGUAAGGGUAUUAGAAGUUAAUUUCUGAAAUAUUCUCGAUCGCGAAUUUCUGCAAUUUCUUGAAAUUUCUACGAAUAAACUAACUUCAUUUUGAUAUUUAUAUAGGAUGGAUAUUCUAAUUUGAUAGGUUUGUAAAUAUGGUAAAUAUGUAUGUUGUUUCCUCCAUUUGUAGGGAAAAAAUUGAAUUAUAUUCUCCAGUAGCUGUAUAUUUUUUCUUAAUUUAAGUGGAACUUUCAUCCUCUACACAUUUUUCGGUUUCAGGCUCUCCAUUAAUGAUUCUAAUCAUUUAUGUGAAAAUGUAUCUAGUAGAUUCGGGUAUUAUAUUACAUUGAAAGGGAAAUUAUUCAGGCAUAUCGAAAUUGUAUUCUCAACUAUAUCCACCAAAAUUAAUUUAACACAGGAAAAUGUUAUAGCUAUUAUUUUUAAAAGGUUUUUAUAUUUUUAAUGUGCAAUGAAUGAAGUUUUUACUCAAUGAGCAGUAUGUGCUGAUUAUUGUACAAACGUUCUUAAUUUUUCUGCAAAAAGGAUUUGUCACUUCAUAUUUCAACGUUUUCAUGUUUGUUUCUUUAUUACUUGUAUUUUCAGUUUUCAUCUAAAUGUAUGUUGACAUGUUUUGAAUCAUUUAUUGAACUUUCAUGAAAUUAUGAUAUAUACGAAGUUUUGUAUUAGUUGAUACAUACUGUAUGGCACUAUGUGAAAUUGGGACUCUCUUAUAGUAUUGACACAGACAUGAAAUGAUCGAAACAAAUUAAAUAUCAGUGUAGAACUUAAAAAAGGCUGUGUGCAUAUAAAAUGUAACUCUAAUAAAUCAGAUAAAAUAAAAGAUGAUUUAAUUACCAAAA